GCCUCCCACCGCCCGCGCUCCCCGAGCUUGCGUCGGUGCCAGGCCCGGCCCCUCACUGUCCCCUCGCGGUCCCCUGGGGUCGCCGCGCGGCGGGGGGCGAGCAGCGGGCGCCCUGCCCUUCUCGGCCCGCGGGUCUCCGGGCGCCCCCUCCGGCGCACAGGGCCGCGAGCGCCGCCGCCAGAACUUCUGCCAGCGGCCGCCCGUAGCCCAAUUGCGCAGAGGGCUCGCCUUGCACCUCCUCUUCCCCCGCCGCCCUCCCUUUCGCCCAGAAAGGAGGACGGACCCAGCUGCAGGCUCCGAGCUGGUUUAUUCUGCGGCCGAGGAUUACAUUUAUGCACGAACGGUCUCACUGGCUCCAGAUUCCCCACUUGGGCACAGGCAUAGGAGGGUUGUUUUCCAAAUUGCUGGUUUUAAUUGCACCUGCCUUUCAGGUUACCUCUGGGAAUCUGUGGGAGAAGCUGAGAGGGUGGAAAAUGUUUCUUCCCUUUGCAAAAGGAAGAAAACUUUGUCACCCAGCGGGAGACCUCAGCCACGCGUAACCCGCGAGACACCGGAGCCGGGACGGGCUUUGACUGAUUCUGCCUGCGAGGGUUCCGUAGGAAAGGACGCUUGAACUCGGCGCUCCGGCGGCGGCGGCACGAGUUCCCUGUUCACCCUCCCUCCCCGCGGAAGUCCCCACGAGGUGGCUUCAGGGUGUAACAGAGCGCGCGGCUCCAGUCCGACGGCAGCGGCCGGGGGAGGGAAGGAGGGGACCGAACCCCCGAGGAGUUACCCAGAAUCAACUUCUGGUUAGAGUUAUGGGAAGCGCGGUUAUGGACACCAAGAAGAAAAAAGAUGUUUCCAGCCCCGGUGGGAGCGGCGGCAAGAAAAAUGCCAGCCAGAAGAGGCGUUCUCUGCGCGUGCACAUUCCGGACCUGAGCUCCUUCGCCAUGCCACUCCUGGACGGAGACCUGGAGGGUUCCGGAAAGCAUUCCUCUCGAAAGGUGGACAGCCCCUUUGGCCCGGGCAGCCCCUCCAAAGGAUUCUUCUCCAGAGGCCCCCAGCCCCGGCCCUCCAGCCCCAUGUCUGCACCUGUAAGGCCCAAGACCAGCCCCGGCUCUCCGAAAACCGUAUUCCCGUUCUCCUACCAGGAGUCCCCGCCGCGCUCCCCUCGACGCAUGAGCUUCAGCGGGAUCUUCCGCUCCUCCUCCAAAGAGUCUUCCCCCAACUCCAACCCUGCUACCUCGCCCGGAGGCAUCAGGUUUUUCUCCCGCUCCAGAAAAACCUCCGGCCUCUCCUCCUCUCCGUCAACACCCACCCAAGUGACCAAGCAGCACACAUUUCCCCUGGAAUCCUAUAAGCACGAGCCUGAACGGUUAGAGAAUCGCAUCUAUGCCUCGUCUUCCCCUCCGGAUACAGGGCAGAGGUUCUGCCCGUCUUCCUUCCAGAGCCCGACCAGGCCUCCACUGGCAUCACCGACACACUAUGCUCCCUCCAAAGCCGCGGCGCUGGCGGCGGCCCCGGGACCCGCGGAAGCCGGCAUGCUGGAGAAGCUGGAGUUCGAGGACGAAGCAGAAGACUCAGAAAGUGGUGUUUACAUGCGAUUCAUGAGGUCACACAAGUGUUAUGACAUCGUUCCAACCAGUUCAAAGCUUGUCGUCUUUGAUACUACAUUACAAGUUAAAAAGGCCUUCUUUGCUUUGGUAGCCAACGGUGUCCGAGCAGCGCCACUGUGGGAGAGUAAAAAACAAAGUUUUGUAGGAAUGCUAACAAUUACAGAUUUCAUAAAUAUACUACAUAGAUACUAUAAAUCGCCUAUGGUACAGAUUUAUGAAUUAGAGGAACAUAAAAUUGAAACCUGGAGGGAGCUUUAUUUACAAGAAACAUUUAAGCCUUUAGUGAAUAUAUCUCCAGAUGCAAGCCUCUUCGAUGCUGUAUACUCCUUGAUCAAAAAUAAAAUCCACAGAUUGCCAGUUAUUGACCCUAUCAGUGGGAAUGCACUUUAUAUACUCACCCACAAAAGAAUCCUCAAGUUCCUCCAGCUUUUUAUGUCUGAUAUGCCAAAGCCUGCCUUCAUGAAGCAGAACCUGGAUGAGCUUGGAAUAGGAACAUACCACAACAUUGCCUUCAUACAUCCAGACACUCCCAUCAUUAAAGCCUUGAACAUAUUUGUGGAAAGACGAAUAUCAGCUCUGCCUGUUGUGGAUGAGUCAGGAAAAGUUGUAGAUAUUUAUUCCAAAUUUGAUGUAAUUAAUCUUGCUGCUGAGAAAACGUACAAUAACCUAGAUAUCACAGUGACCCAGGCUCUUCAGCACCGUUCACAGUAUUUUGAAGGUGUUGUGAAGUGCAAUAAGCUGGAAAUACUGGAGACCAUUGUGGACAGAAUAGUGAGAGCUGAGGUCCAUCGGCUGGUGGUGGUAAAUGAAGCAGAUAGUAUCGUGGGUAUUAUUUCCCUGUCGGAUAUUCUGCAAGCCCUGAUCCUCACACCAGCAGGUGCCAAACAAAAGGAGACGGAAACAGAGUGACCGCCAUGAAUGUAGACGCCCUAGGAGGAGAACUUGAACAAAGUUUCUGGGUCACGUUUUGCCUCAUGAACACUGGCUGCAAGUGGUUAAGAAUGUAUAUCAGGGUUUAAUGAUGGGUAUUUCUUCCAGUGAUGUUGGAAUUAAGCUUAAAAAAGAAAGAUUUUAUGUGCUUGAAGAUUCAGGCUUGCAUUAAAAGACUGUUUUCAGACCUUUGUCUGACGGAUUUUAAAUGCUGUAUGUCAUUAAAGUGCACUGUGUCCUGAAGUUUUCAUUAUUUUUCAUUUCAAAGAGUUCACUGGUAUGGAACAGGUGAUGCGACAUAAGGUGAGUGCACGGCAUGUUCAGAUCACAGUGCCUUAUGUCCGAAUACAGCAAUAUGUCACCUCCGCAGCCAGGGCGCACGCGUGCGAAGCCACACCGAGCUUGAAUGUGGAAGUCUUUGAACCUUUUACCAAAUCAGUUUGUUUUCAUUAGAUUUGUCAAAAAGUUGUAAUUUGAAUAUAACUAAUUACUUUAAAACUGUAAUGACACUUUUACACGUAAGUGUUUUGUUCUGGGCUACCGUGUAAACGAGGCUGCUUUACCAACAGCUUUAUUUAUUUUUACGUUCAUGCCAUUUUUUUACACAUCUUUUGGUGGGGUAAACUUCACCACAUCCAUGAAUAAACUCUCAGUUUUUUUGAAAUGGCAAAUUUCUCAUUAUUUAAGUUUGGAUCUGGAAAGGACAUGACUUCUGAAACAGCCGCUGCUGGGUUUUCAAAGCUGAGGUCUCUCAAAAUGUGUAGGAGACGUUGCCGUCAGGCGGGAGCCAAGUGCCGGGAAGAUGUCUAUUUUUUUCUUGUGUAUUAAAAUGUAAAAUCAUGAUGUUUGUAUGACUGCUGAUGCGAUGUUUUUGUAAAUUUUAUUGUGGCAUAUACAGUAUCGUCAUACAGUUGAAGAGAAACAAUGUUUCCUAAUGUAAGUGCUCUGAAAAUGUUGACACUGUAUAUAUAUAUGAGGAUAGUUUGGGGUUUUUUUGUUUUGGGGUUUUUUUUUUCAGAUUGAAAAAUUAAAAUAAAUCCUACUAUCUACCA